GUGUCGCCUCACUCAUUCAAGAUGGCGGCGCUUAUCCGGAAGUAAGAAAACGGCUCAGGGCUAGAAUUCCUGGUAAAACCGCCACUUUCCGUCGAAUAAUAAGAAGGAGCAGUGGCGGAACCCGUCCUUCGAAGGCGGCCGAGUCGGAUAACCCGUGCGCCGGUCGAGGCCAUGGAUGGUGUUCCGCCACAGUAAGGGCAUGGUCUGAGAAGCUCCGUCAGCCAGCCAUGUGUCAAGCCGGAGCCUAAUGCACAUCCAGCCCGCGCCUCCUCUCAUGGACGGGGACGACUUCCUGCACCCGGAGGGCCCCCAGCUCGAGGGGGGCCUGUAUGGCCUGGGCAGCUCGUCGCUGCUCCACGUGCCCAUGCAGAGUCAGAUGUACCCCACUAAUUCCUGGAGAUUCACGCCGCAAUCUGCAUACAACUUGACCAGUUCUAUGCAAUCUGGAAACCAGCAAUACCACUCAAAUCCUGCUUUGGAUAUGCACCCGGAAAUAUUCGACGACGUGGAUUUCACAAACUUUAGCCUGCCCACCAACGGAGACUUUUCUCAGGAACUCCCCUGCAUCAAUGACCUCUCCAACGACUCCCUGUUCUCCUCCCCCUCCGAUUCGCUUUGCGAUUACCCAGACGUGGGCUUCCUGCGGCCUGACAACGCCCCCACGUUAUGGGACAUAAACACGCCCGCGCCCAACCAGCUGCAGCCAAACAGGUUUCAGGGAUUGAACAGUUUUGAAGAUGUUUCCGCCAUUAUCAACACCCCGUCUGUAGGAUACCAGGAGCCCCCCGCCCCCCCCGAGGAGGAGGAGGAUGCCGAGGAAGAGGAGACUGAGGAGCUCGGGCACAUCGAUACCUAUGCGGAUUACAAGCCUUUCAAGUCCACCAUCGGGAAGUCCCACCCUGACAUCGUUGUGGAGACUAACACCCUGUCCAGCGUGCCGCCGCCCGACAUCACCUACACACUGUCCAUUCCCGAGGGCACCAUCGAGAAGGGCCUGCUGUCCGCCCUGCAGCUGGAGGCCAUCAUAUACGCCUGCCAGCAACACGAGGUGAUCCUUCAGAAUAACCAGAGGGCCGGCUUCCUCAUCGGCGACGGGGCCGGUGUCGGCAAGGGCCGCACUGUGGCCGGCAUCAUCGUGGAGAACUUCUUAAAGGGCCGGAACAAAGCAUUAUGGUUCAGCGUUUCCAACGACCUGAAGUACGACGCGGAGCGAGACCUCAAAGACAUAGAAGCUCCCGGUAUACAUGUUCAUGCCUUAAAUAAGAUUAAGUAUGGAGACACCGCUACCUCAGAAGGAGUCCUGUUCGCCACUUACUCGGCGCUGAUCGGGGAGAGCCAGGCGGGCGGGCAGCGCCGGACCAGGCUAAAGCAGAUCCUGGACUGGUGCAAACCGGGCUUCGAUGGAGUCAUCAUAUUCGACGAAUGCCACAAAGCCAAAAACGCCACGUCCACGAAGAUGGGCAAGGCGGUGUUGGACCUGCAGAACAAGCUGCCGCUGGCCAGGGUGGUUUACGCCAGUGCUACAGGUGCUUCUGAGCCAAAGAACAUGAUCUACAUGAGUCGUCUGGGAAUCUGGGGCGAGGGAACUCCUUUCAAGAUGUUCGAUGACUUCCUGCAUGCCAUCGAAAAGAGGGGCGUGGGCGCCAUGGAGAUCGUGGCCAUGGACAUGAAGGUCAGCGGCAUGUACAUUGCCCGCCAGCUCAGCUUCCAGGGCGUGUCCUUCCGCAUUGAGGAGAUCAGCCUGGACAACAAAUUCAAGCUGGUCUACAAUAAGGCUGCCAGGCUGUGGGCAGAAGCUCUGGAGGUUUUUACCAAGGCUGCCGACGAGCUGAGCCUGGUCUCCCGCAAAGCGCUGUGGGGCCAGUUCUGGUCGUCGCACCAGCGCUUCUUCAAAUACCUCUGCAUAGCCGCCAAGGUGCCGCGCCUCGUGGAGCUGGCCAACAGGGAGCUGGCAGCCGGCAAGUGCAUUGUGAUUGGCCUGCAGUCCACGGGCGAGGCUCGCACUAGAGAAGUCCUGGAUGAGAACGAUGGACAUCUGGACCGAUUUGUCUCCGCUGCUGAGGGUGUAUUUCAGUCUCUGGUACAGAAGCAUUUUCCGUCCGAAAAACAGAGAAGAGAGAAAGGCAACGGAAACAAGAGAAAACGCAAGCCCAAGGGCCGCCAGCCCAAGUUCCCAAAGCACAGUGUGGACAACGGGGGCGUGAUCAACAUCAGUGACGACAGCAGCACUGACUCCGACGGUCUGGACAGCGACUCAAACUCUUCCCCCGACUCCCUUCAGGACAACGAUGACGUCAUCUUUGUUAACCACACUAACUGUCACACUGCAAAAAUUGAAGAAAUGAAGCAAGGCCUCCUGAACAAGAUUUCCGAGCUGGGAAGAGAGCUACCUCUGAACACUCUGGAUGAACUGAUCGACCGCUUUGGAGGGCCGGACAGAGUCUCGGAGAUGACGGGCCGGAAGGGCCGCGUGGUUCGGCGGCUGGACGGCAGCGUGCGCUACGAGUCUCGUGCAGAACAGGGCCUCACCAUCGACCAGAUCAACAUCAAGGAGAAGGAACGCUUCAUGAGUGGGGAGAAGCUCGUGGCCAUCAUCUCGGAGGCAGCCAGCUCCGGCAUCUCCCUGCAGGCUGACAAGCGGGUGAAAAACCAGAAGCGGAGGGUGCACAUGACGCUGGAGCUGCCGUGGAGUGCAGACCGCGCCAUACAGCAGUUUGGUCGGACUCACCGCUCUAACCAGGUCACUGCCCCGGAGUACAUCUUCCUCAUCUCCGAGCUGGGCGGGGAAAGACGCUUCGCCUCCAUCGUAGCCAAGAGGCUGGAGAGCCUGGGGGCCCUGACCCAUGGCGACCGGAGAGCCACCGAGUCCAGAGACUUGAGCAAAUACAACUUCGAGAAUAAGUAUGGCACCAAGGCUCUGGACAAGAUUACCAAAGCCAUCCUGGGCCACAUCGAGAGCAAGGUGCCACCUCCCAGAGAUUAUCCAGACGGCGAUGCCAUGUUCUUCAGAGACAUGAAGCGUGGCAUGAUGGAUGUUGGCAUCUUCUGUAAAGAGCCUCGCUUUGGUCUCAGCACUGAGAAAGACUGCAGUAUCACGAAGUUCCUUAACCGCAUCCUGGGCCUGGAGGUGGACAAACAGAAUGCGCUCUUCCAGUACUUCACUGACAACUUUGACUACUUGAUAGAGAAAGACAAGAAGGAAGGGAAGUACGACAUGGGAAUCUUAGACCUGGCUCCCGGUAAUGACGAGAUCUAUGAGGAGACCCAGGAGAAGUUCCUCACUGCGGGGAACCCACAGGAUGGCCAGGUGGUGCUGUACAAGAUCAGGGUGGACCGAGGGAUGCCCUGGCAGGAAGCCUGCGACAAAGCAGAGACCCUCCAAGGCACGGACGAGGGCUUCUAUCUGUCACGAAAGACGCGGGGAAACUACCCCUGUGUUCUCCUGGCUGAGCAAGGCCGCAACCGCAACGUCAUCCUCUACAAGCCCAACAUUGGCAAGCAGGCGCAUCCGGAGAACCUGGACAACCUGCAACGCAGGUACCGCAAGGUGACUGCAGACGAGGCCAGAGAAGCAUGGGAGCAUCAGUUCAAGUUCUCCUUCCAGAAAUGCUGCCACGCUAACUGGAACGGGAAGUGCAAGCAGAUAGAGGAGGGCCACGAGUGCUGGCUAGGCAUGCGACUGCGGCAGUACCACAUGCUGUGCGGCGCGCUGCUGCGCGUCUGGAAGCGCGUGGCCGACGUGGUGUCCGACGUCACCAACUCCAGCAUCCUGCAGAUCGUCCGGCUCAAGACCAAGCAGCACAACAAGCAAGUCGGCAUCAAGAUCCCGGAGAACUGCGUGGCACGGGUGCGCAACGAACUGCUCCAUAUGGAUGAGGAGGUGAAGCGCAAGCGGCGGGAGCGGGAGCAGCGCGAGGAGGAGCAGCGGCGGGCCGAUGACCAGGAGCAGCGGCGGAAGGAGAUCAUGAUGUCCAGCCGGUGCGGGUUCCCCACCCGGCAGUUCUUCUCCAACCCUGCCCUGCAGUGCCUGCCCCCCCAGAGGAACUCUGACGAUGUGCUGGACCUGACCAUAAGUAGUUCCUCGCCCUCUCCGGACGCUGGUCUGGGUCUGGGCCUGGGCCUGGGUCUGGGCUUAGUUCUGGACAGCUUCGUGGGCCCCGUUGCUGACGGCCAAGAAGACCUGUCCUUGGAUGCUCUGAUGCCGUCAGCGGCACUCAGUACUGCUCAAGUUCCGCGCAGUCAACACUCGCAGCGCCCCCUGCAGGCACAGCGCAUGCUGCAGCUACCACUUGCGGCAGUACCGCAGGAGGGCCCGGUGGAUUACCAGAAUUACCUGAAUUUUAACAAUCCUCCCCUAAACCUGCCCUACUCGUCCAUGCCCUCUUCUGCCAGAACCACCUUCCCCACUGCGCUCUGCUCCUCCUCCCUGUUCUCCUCCGCCCCCACCCCCACAGAACCGCAGCCCCAGCCCUUGGUGAAUGGGCACCCCAACACGGAGGGACCCAUAAAUGCACGGGAAGUUUUGGACAGCAUGCUGGGGACCAACCCGAACAGACAGUCAGUCAUCCAGUACCGGAAUUGAUUGGCAGGCGGCCGCUGGGUCGCCACGGCGAUGCUGGCGGCGUCACGGUGGUGUUCGGACCUCCUCCUGCUUCCAGAGCGCAGUUCAGCUCGGCUCAUAAUUUCUAUAGAAAUGUCUUUCCCUCCAAGACAGAUUGGAAGGAACCUCUCUCUGAUUUCAUCGCAGAGAAACCGAAACCAAACAGAUUCUAUAGUACAACGUUGCGUCCAGAAGCGUGCUGUGUGACCUUUGGAGGAUCGCCCACCAUCUCCAGCAGCAGUCCCAUCGGUGGCCCUUGGACCGUACCACCAGUGCCGGGCGCAGGGGUCACGGUGCGGUAGCAUAUCUGUGUAGCCAGCGGAGCGGGUGAAAGUUGGAUACUCGAUAUCUUUAGAUGGUGUUGCCACCUCCACUAAGUCCGGCCUGUAGGGUUAGCGCCAGUGAGAUGGUUAAACAGCCUGCUGUCGAGCUCAGAAGAGUCCAUUUUAGCUGCGGAUAUGUCCAUUGCGGGAGCCCGUCAGUUUGGCGUAUCCCUGUCAUCGCGUUUGGUAACCCUAAAGUGAGAGGUGCUGAAUCAGCAUUGCCUUCCCAGAAGCACCUUUUCAAAUGUAGGUCAGGAGCCAGCUGCACCCCCACGACGUAAAGAGUUCGGUGAAGAGCCAUAGUCACGCUGUUUCCCUGGUCACUUUGCAGAGGUUCCUGUGCCUCUGUUUGCUGCGAUGAACAGAUCCCAGGUUUGAUGUAGUUGCUUUGAGAGAAUGCCGCCCCCCCCCCCCCCGUCCACCAAACCUUCCCAACCCAAGUGCCGUGAAACUUAAAUAUCCCAUCGGAAAGAGGUACACCCACCAACGUGAAAUCCCACAUCCCGCUAGUGUCGCAGUCGGGGGUGUCGGAUUGAUGAUUCAUUGGGCCUGACCUUUCAUUUCACCACUUCGUAUAGAGUAGCUGCGUGUGCAGCCGUCUCGCUUAAAGGGGAACGACAUGAUUCAACAACCUACUGUUGUAACAGUGCCUUCAGAACAAGGUGAGAAGUGAGCUAAUUUAAACACCUGAUCUUGUGUAUAUAUUUAUAUUUUGUGGCAUCUUAUUUAUUGGGUUAUAUUUAAUUAGCCCCUUAGUCAUGUGGUGGUGGUCAUGUGAUUCCCCCUCCUCCCAACCUGAUUUACUUCCUGUCAGCUGUGUAUGGCACCCCUAAUUCUUCCCAAGAAAUAAAGUACUGGUUGGUUAAGUCGAUCAUUUCACAAGUUCACCAUGUUGAGAACUUCCAGUAAGCCUUGUUUUCCAAGCGUUUUUUUUUUCUUCCUGCCUUUGUGACACAUUACCUGAUAAUGUGACUCUUAGUAAACUCUUAAUUUUAAAUCCUCAGGAAAGUUUCUGAUUUUACAAUCUGAAUAUACUGGUUUUGGCCCUUAGGAUUCUCCAUGUUUGUAUCUGGGCCUGGCAGGGUCCCUUGCAUUGCUACACUGCAUUGGCCCAGAUCUCAUACUCAGCCUCACCAAAAGCAAUAAAAUAAACAUGGUGUAGAAAACAUGUCUAAGUGCUGUUUACACUUCAGGGUCAAAUUGGACUUUUUCCCCCCGAUUAUGUGUAGGUUGCUUGCACUGGCUACCAAAUGUUUAAAGAAACUUAAAUUGAGAUCCUUUGUUUUUAGGAUCGAGGCUCAUGUUCCAUGUUGUAAGAGAGAAAUUGGAUAAAAGCAAUGUUUUUAUGGGUGUUAAUAUUGUUAUUGUUAUUUAUAUUUAAGGGACAUUUUAGUGGAAAUAGUUUUUAACAUUAUAAUCCGGUUCUGUAGUUGAUAAUACUUUAAAAAGUCAAAUGUUUUGUCAGGGACAUUUUUAAAAAACAAAAUUAAUAUACACAAAAUAUAUCUAUCGUAAUCUCCCACCAAAUGUAUUGCACUGUUGUGUACUGCUGUACAGGGUCGCUGGUGUGCGUGUGAGUGGGGUUUUUGUUUGUUUUGUUUUGUUUGUUUUCUUCUGCAGUUUUGUCCUCCUGACUCUUGUACAGUUAUUGUGAGUGAUACCAAAGUAUUUCCGCACCCGAAGUUACCGGCUACAUCCGAAUCUUAAUCUCAGGAAAAAAUUCUAUAUCAAAAUAUCCAUUACAAAUUAUAAGAAGAUUAUAUAUAGAAGAUCUGGUAUCUACGACAACUAAAAAAAAAAAAAAAAGCCCUCGGUUCUUUCCACCUCCAUUCUGCACUGGAAGUGAUUAGCUGUCUUUUUGAUGUUUGAAACUUGAUUCGAAGGUUUCGCCGUUCGUUACUGUGCUGAGUUCUGGUUAUUUUUAAGUGUUUAUGCCAUCUUAGGGCAAAGAUAAAAAGUGGUGUAUGAAAAGAA